AUGUCUACCAGAGCAGAAGCUGAGGCAAUGGGACAUAUUUCCAGUGAUGGCAAUUUCAAUAUGGCUCAAGCGCAAACCUCCAGGAAAGGCUUUUGUUCAGUCCGACACGGGCUGGCCCUCAUCGUGCAUCUCUACAAUUUUUUGAUUUUCACCCAACAAAUGAACCUGAGCAUAGCCAUCCCAGCUAUGGUGAACAACACAGCCCUGGCUGGCCCAUCCAACACCUCCACAGAGAGGCCUCCCACCGCCCCCCAGGACAGCUGGAGUGAAACUCUAAAAGAAUUUAAGCCAAUGGCCCCUACGUAUGACUGGAGUCCUGACAUGCAGGGGAUCAUUCUCAGCUCUCUCAACUAUGGCUUCUUCUUGGCUCUAAUCCCUAUUGGCUACAUGUCUGGAAUAUAUGGAGCGAAGUACUUGGUUGGUGUUGGUCUGUUUCUUUCCUCGGUCUUGACCUUCUUCAUCCCACUGGCAGCUGAUGCUGGAGUGGCCUUCCUCAUUGUCGUUCGGAUAGUUCAAGGCAUAACCCAGGGUAUGGUAUUAACAAGUCAGUAUACAAUUUGGGUCAAGUGGGCUCCCCCACUGGAAAAGAGUCAGCUCAUCAACAUUGCCAUAUCAGGGCAACUGCUGGGAUCCUUCAUCAUUUUCCUCAUCGGUGGUUUCCUGUGCCAGACCAUAGGGUGGCCUUAUAUCUUCUAUAUCUUUGGUGGAAUUGGCUGUGCCUGUUCUUUUCUCUGGUUUCCUCUUUUUUAUGACGACCCCAUAAAUCAUCCGUUUAUCAGCACUGGUGAGAAGGAAUACAUCAUGCGUUCACUGGCUCAGCAGGACUCUUCACCAGCCUGGUCUCUGCCCAUUAAGGCUAUGGUCAGAUCCCUACCACUUUGGGCCAUCUUAAUCUUUCAUUUCACUGAAUUCUGGAGUUUUUAUAUUCUUAUGGACUACACACCAACAUACUUCAGCACCAUACUUCAAGCUAACCUCAGAGACAGUGGGAUCCUCACAUCCUUGCUGUUGGUGGCUGCCUUUAUCUGCACUAUCUUCGGAGGUCUAUUGGCAGAUUUCCUUCUCUCCAGAAAACUCCUCCGACUCAUGAGCAUCAGGAAACUGUUCACCGCCAUAGGGGUUCUCGUCCCAUCUGCAGCCCUUGUGUCCCUGCACUGGACCAGAUCCAGCCUGAGCGCCACCAUAGCCUUGUUGGCACUGUCUUUCACCACCACCACUUUCUGCCAAGUAGGCGCUUUUGUUAACUUCUUGGACAUCGCUCCUCGGUACACUGGCUUUCUCAAGGGACUAUCACAAGUCUUUGCUCACGCAGCAGGAGCCAUUUCUUCCACUCUUGCUGGAUUUAUAAUGAAUCAGGAUUCCGAGUUUGGCUGGAGAAAUGUCUUCUUGAUUUCAGCUUCUGUGAACGUAUCAGGCCUGGUCUUCUACCUGAUCUUCGGGCAAGCAGAGGUCCAGGACUGGGCCACAGAGCAGACACUCACUCAUUUCUGAGCAAACCGG